AUGGAUGCAGGGAAAAGGUUCUUGGUUAAGAGCACGACGGCUGUAUGGUUUCUCAAUGUCUUUGAGGACUGCCCGUACGGGAAGCUACGCUCUGGUCCCUAUGCGGCCAUGAGGUCUUGUGAUUUCCAUCUAUUACGAAUCGCGGUUUGGCUUUGUUUCCUGGCUCCUCUUUGCGAAGGUGGACUACGCGUCUUCAGUCCACUGCUCCUCGCUGCCUCUAAAAGCACAAUCGACGCUGCUACCGUCUCACGUUGUCGUGCACUUCGGAGGGCCCGUGCUGCAAAAUCCACUGUCUCUCACACUCAUCCCAAGGCAUUCUUGGCAUUUGCUAGUGGUGUGCAGCAGCAACACAGAGGGAGCCGAUGGAAUACACUACGUGCGCAGCAGCAGCGCGUUACCGCCCACCCGCUUACGGGAGUCAAACAGCCCCGCCAUCAGCACCGUCAUGACCAGCAGAAACGCACACGCAGUGCCCUGCUUCGGAGAAUGCAUCGAUUAAACAGCAGCUAUGGCGGGCCCCCUCACUGUGGCCAAUCUGGUCUAGGAGGCAUUCGUAUGACCGCCAUUCCUCCAGGAUCUGCCUUGGAGAGCCACAUGAAGGAACUGAUGCAAGAUCCUAUACAGAAUAUGCCAUGGGAUAUUUACGUCCCUUUUUAUAAGCAGUACGGUCGUGGCGUCGACAACAACUGGUUACACUUUCUACAGGGCAACUGGACUUUUAUUGAGUCGAAAACAUUCGCCGAAAGGCCCGUAGGCGUUAUCGACGGGGGUCCCGAGGAAUACAAAGGUCAAGGCACCAGUCUUCCCUUCCACCCUCUCUCUCUGGAUAGACAACACGCAGUCAAGUGGCCCCAGCACCACGCCCACGGCGUAGGUUUCAGGGAGUCAACAGACAAGCCGUACCAUAUUCGGCUUGAUAGGCUUCCAGACGGCAACCAGGAUGUGUACUUUGGGGAGUCUGAUGAGGAGCUAGACGCCAGGUUGUGGGGCAGUUGGGACAGCCCACAGGCUCUACACGAGUGUUGGCCUGAAACAGGAUGGCGAGACACUUUGCCUGACGACGAUAUAACGGGAAUGCCUCGGCCUUGGACACACAAGCAGACGGAUAUUUUUGAGAUGCCGCCUCAACACCGAGACCCUUCCCCAGGGCCCCCUGAAAUUCCUUUAGAAGUUGAACUUGCAGCUGCUGGCGUAUGGGCCGGUUAUGUACUGGAGCCGGGAUGGACUCGACAUGCGGACGCCAUUGCAGAAUACCGCAAGGCUGUGGAGUGGGCCACUGUCGAGCCUGUUCCUCCGAAAAAGGCUCAGAGAAAGACGAAGGCUGCCAGCAAGAAGGCGGACAAGGAAAGAACAUCAGAGCUUUUGCGGCGCACGCAGGAGAUUAUAAAGGCCCAUUGGGCCGACAUACGAAAGCACCCGGUAUACGUUCGUGCCGUAGUUGACGGUGCAACCCACGAGUCUGCCGUUGCAGCAGCUGCCGCGGCAACACCGGAAACAGCAGCCCGUAUAGCCAUGGGGGCGGACGUAACCGAGGGCCUAGAGAUGCAAGAAACGCCAGAUCACCUCGUUAAGGGAGAAGUAAACCCUCCAAACGCAGAGGGGAAAACAAUGGCGGUAAAUCUCGCCUUGUACAGCGUCGCCCCAUACAAUUGCAGCUACUUGUCGCCCAAAGCCACUAUUGCGGAACACGAAGAGCUGUAUCAUUACCUUAUGACAGAAAACCAUAGAGAGGGCAGGUACACGGACUUUAAUUCUGAGAUUGCGGCCACUCAUGACAUUGAGUAUCGGCUGAGACCAUUGCGAGAAAGAUUUCCUCGACUUAUGGCGUUGUACCGUCCUCUCUGGACAAAGCGGAAAUACGGAGAGGAAUUUUCAGGGCCCAGAGACCCGAAGGAUGUCAGUUGUGCUUACGGGAGGCACUUCCUUGGUCGCGGGAGCGCACCACAAAUCGAGACGGGUUCUCGAGACUCUCCACCCCAAAAGACAAACCACUUAGCCCCGUUCCCCCGAGAGGUCAUUUUCUAUCAAAGUCCAAAGAAGCGCUUUUUAGCAAAGCCAGUUUGGCCCAUACGGGGCGGAGCGACACUUAGCCUCUCCGUAGUAUACGUGGAGAGCUCCGACGCAGGGUUAGCCGGUCUGCGAAAGACUUUGGGAUUAGCACCAGCGUGGGCCGAUUUCGUUUUCUCUGGCUGA